CCAUAAUUCCAGAGACACAAACAGGAAGAAUGGGAUGUUUUAGUAAGCCUGCUUAUCGGUGGCAUUGAAUAAGAAUUUAGCUGUUUUUACUUGAAAAAGCAAGACUGCAGGUCGCCAAUCAUGUCUUUCAAAAGGGAGGGUGAUGAUCAGUGUCAGCUGAAUGUACUGAAGAAACGACGUGUUGCAGAUCUUCUGUCUAACUUCAUCCCAGAUGAUGAAGCUACUCUGAUGAAAAACGGAAGAUACAGCUGCCUUGUGUGUUCUCACCGUCCUGUGUUUGACACUGUUGAUAUGCUCAUGGUGCACAGGAAGGGAAAGCGACACCUUGAAGGAAUGAAAUGGUUCUACGGGAAAAAGAACGACAUGCAACGUGAAAUUGAUAAAAGAAGACAUCAAGACUAUGUUAAAACAGAAGAUGAGCGACAGGAACCCUCCAGUUCAGCUCCUCUUCUGAGCCAAACACGUAAAAUUACCCAUCAUGCCCUACUCAGAACUGCUCCAUACAGUAGCUGCCACAGAAAGGCCAGUGAACGAAUGGAAUCGUCAGGAUGUGAUCAAGAAGAUAGGAAAGAUCAAAUCAAUAUCAGCUCAUCAACUCAAUCAUCCAUUAGGACAGAAAGUAUUGGCUCCAUAUCAACAACUAGUACAAUAGUGCAUCAGGGACAGACUGAAGGGAAAGGAGUGACAAAAAAGAAGAAGAACGGAUCCAGGAAUGUGUGUGAGCCUAUAACCGAGGAGAGACGCAGAGAACUGGAACACUACCUCAAAUUAAAAAGUUCGGGAUGGCUGCAGGACAGAAGUGGUAAAUGGGUUAAAGAUGAAAAUGUUGAGUUUGACUCGGAUGAAGAAGAACCGGAUCUGUUGCCUCCUUGCAGUGAAUCUUCAUAGCACUCGAUACUGUUCAGCAACUGCCAAAAAUGCUUCAGGAUACAUAUACAUACUGAGUGGCAUGUGAUAGGACGAUAUUGUCUCUGUUCACAGCUCUCAUAUGACAUCUCUGUGACCUACUUUAUAUACAACAGGUCGAAACUUUAGGACAUUCUUUUUGGAAAAGAGUUUGUGCUGUUGCAUUUUGUAAAUUGUAUUAGUACCAUGUACUUGACAUCUUGUUUAACCAACAGAGGAUGUUUUAUUAUAGAAAAUGCAAAAAGAAUUGUCAUAUUUCUAUGUGAAUAAAGUGAGGAGGUUGUGGCUCAUUUUGUUGAA